AAAGGAGUCGACACCUACUGACCUACGGCCAACACUCGAAGCAGAAGGAGCCCCUAUAAAACAGCCCACGCUGGCACCCGGCCGGCAGAGCUGUGAGCAGCUGAGGACGGACCCUCGUCGCCACCAUGAACUUCUCCGGCAAGUACGAACUGCAGAGCCAGGAAAAUUUCGAGGCCUUCAUGAAGGCCGUCGGUCUGCCCGACGACCUCGUCCAGAAGGGCAAGGACACUAAGGAGGUGACAGAAGUCGUGCAGAACGGGAAGCAUUUCAAGUUUACUGUCACUGCUGGGCCCAAAGUGUUCCAGAACGAGUUCACUGUGGGUGAGGAGAGUGAGAUGGAGACCAUGACCGGGGAGAAGGUCAAGGCAGUGGUUCAGCUGGAAGGUGAGAAUAAACUGGUGACAACUUUCAAAGGCAUCAAGUCUGUGACUGAAUUGAAUGGUGACACAAUCACCAGUACCAUGACUUUGGGCGACAUUGUCUUGAAGAGAAUCAGCAAAAGAGUUUAGACUAGUCUGCGUUUCAUAUUCUUUCACUGUGUAAAAUUAAUGUAAUAAAGUAAACUUUCUUUAAAAAUA